UAGCCAAAUCGAGAUCAUGGUUUCGGGGGAGUAUUCACUGGAAAUAGUUGCCCAUCCAAAAGCUACUGGGCAAUUUACCAUAAGUGAAAAGGAAAAUGCGUCUGAUGGCGAACACGAGGUAGAGGGGAGAAGCAGAAAGAUAAGAAAUCUAAUUGCUUUUUGGUUGUUUGGAUUGUGCAACAAUUUUGCCUAUGUGAUCAUGUUGAGUGCUGCUCAUGACAUUCUUUCGGAGGAAACAAACACAUCGCCGUCAAAUUCAACAAAUAGUUCGUCACACUCAGACCUAAGCGGCGUCGAGGUAUCGAAUCUGACAGGGGCGAACCAGACCGCAACAUUCCUGAAGUGUAACCAGAUCGGAACUGGGGCUAUUUUGCUGGCGGAUAUUCUUCCAACCUUAGUGGUAAAGUUGAGUGCUCCUUUGUACAUAACACGGAUACCCUACAGGUUGAAGGUCUCCGUCGUUGUGUUCUUUGCUCUGGGAAGUUUUCUGAUCGUUGCGUUUGCUGAGGUAGUGUGGUUGAGCAUCGUGGGAGUGGUAUGUGCCAGUAUUGGGGCUGGCCUCGGAGAACCUACAUUUCUGGGAUUAUCAACUUUCUUUCACAGGGAUGUGGUGUCCACGUGGUCGUCCGGCACGGGUGGAGCGGGUGUAUUCGGGGCGCUAUCUUACGCUGGGAUUACCUCAGCGGGUGUCUCUCCUCGGAACACCCUUCUAAUCAUGACAGUUAUCCCGGUACUGCUGGCACUAAGUUUUCUCUUCUUGUUGUCACCACCCGUGGGAGGAUAUCACGCCAACAGUAAGGACGGCAAGGGUGUGGCUGAAAGUGAUCCUGAUUUCAGACCGUUUCUGACAUGGAGAGAGAAAGUACGUCUUACUCAGCCCCUACUGAAGUUCAUGAUCCCCUUGAUGGUGGUGUAUUUAGCAGAGUACUUCAUCAACCAAGGAUUGCAUGAGCUUCUAUACUUCAAAGAUAUUUGGCUGACGACAAAGGAGCAAUACAGGUGGUUUCAGGUGGACUAUCAACUGGGCGUCUUUAUAUCGAGGUCAUCAGUUAACCUGCUGAAAGUAAACAAGUUAUGGAUAAUACCUAUCUUACAGGUGAUGAACGUCGCCAUUCUCCAGACACAGGUCAUGUUUCGUUACAUCCCCAGCAUUUGGAUAAUAUUUGGUGUCAUCUUAUUUGAAGGACUGCUCGGAGGAUGCGCAUAUGUCAACACUUUUUACAAAAUGUCCGAAGAUAUAGCACCUGAAUAUCGGGAGUACAGCUUAUCAGUAGCGUCGGUCGCAGACUCUUGUGGCAUCGCCAUUGCAGGAACCAUUGCCAUCCCUGUCCAUAACACGCUAUGUAAACUACAUAUAGCCCUGUAGCAUCACGCAUCGCAAAUGCGUGAGAUUCU